AUGUCUGGGUUGGUCAUUUUGUGUUUCCUGCUUUUGCAAACUGGAGUUUGUGGCUUUGGCAUUUUUCCACGUUUUGUUAAUACUUUAUUCAAUAAAGGCUCUUGGAAUCAUCAAGACAUCACAGAGAGAGCAAUCCUUAACGUAACGGCACAGGUGUGCCGUAGCCUGGCUCUGUCUGAGGGCAAGGACUUCUCCUUUCCUUCUCUCACUGCUACAGAUGUUGCUGCUGCAUGCCAGGCAUCAAAAUCCUCCAAAAGCUUCAUCGAGACCAUCCAGCGGGUUAAGAGUAAUAACUGGCAAACUGACAUUUUCCGUGUUCUGAGUGCACCUCAUCACUGUGACAAUGAGAAUAUAAAAGAAGGGCAAAAGCUCAUCACAGAUGGUUUAUCAGUGGUAAAGGCUGCCAACAAGCAGCAAAACUUUGUUUCAGCAACCUCAUCUCUGGGAACACUUCUCCACACCUUACAGGAUUUUUACAGUCACAGUAACUGGGUGGAAAUAGGCAACACAUUCCCGAACUCCAAUCUGAUCAGAGCAAACGCCCCAGUUGGAAACAUAGCAGCCAUAACUAGAGCAACCUGCCGCAACUGUGAUGGAGACAACUGCAAGAACAAUAUUCUGGAGGACAUACUAACUGAAAAAGUACUAACUUCAGGAUAUUUUCACCUCUUGAGUUCGUCAUCCAAACCCUUUGGUAAAUGCAGCCAUGGAGGGGAUUUGGAUAGAACAAAAGGAAAGGAGCCUACCGGUGGGAUCAACAAAGACACUUUUACCUCUGAACAUGGACAUCUUCACUCCCAAGCAGCAAACCUGGCGAUAGCAGCAACCAGUGAGCUACUUGAGGAUGUCCGCAGUGCUGCUGGGGACAAAGAAUUCCUUCGGAUGAUGGGACUCUACAAAGGGAGACCCCUUUGUUUUUGCGUUGACACGACAGGAAGCAUGGGGGACGACAUACAAGCAGUGAAGGACGUCACAUCGUCUAUAAUCGACAGCAAACUGGGAACCGAGGACGAGCCCUCAGUUUACAUUCUGGUUCCCUUCAAUGAUCCUGAUUUUGGGCCUCUGUAUCAGACAACAGACCCAAAGGUUUUCAAGAGUUACAUCAACUCACUAAUACCAAAUGGUGGUGGAGAUUUUCCAGAAAUGAGUCUUUCUGGUCUUCAGCUGGCUUUAACUGGUGCGCCUCCUAAUUCUGAGAUCUACGUUUUUACGGAUGCGACAGCUAAAGAUGAACACUUGAGAAACCCAGUGUUGGCUCUCAUAGAGCAAACCAAGUCUGUGGUGAACUUCAUGAUAACUAAUGUAUUCGGGUUUCGCCGUCGAAGGCAAGCAGAUGACAACCAACAACAAAGUGUUCGGAUGGCGAGAGCAGAUACUCAGCUAUACAAAGACCUGGCUCAGGCCUCAGGAGGUCAGGCUGUUGAAGUCAGCAAAGGUCAGCUGCUCGAGGCCAUUAACACUCUAACUGAAUCCACCAGCUCCUCUCUGAUUGUCCUUCUGCAAGCAGCCAGGAACCCUGGGAGAGCUGAAAAUUUCACUGUUGCAGUUGAUGAGUCAGUACGAAACCUGACUGUUUACAUCACUGGGGCCUCUGUAGAUUUUACUCUCAUCAGUCCCUCAGGUGUGAUUCAAAAUAGUGUCAACAGAACAGGAUCUUUAACAGUUUCUUCCCAGUCAGUUGGAAACCUCCAGACACUGCAGCUACAAACACAACCCGGAGUGUGGGAAAUCCGAAUGAAGUCAACAAAUCCUUACAGUCUGAAGGUCAUAGGAGAGAGCUCCAUUGACUUCCUAUUUAACUUUAUCAAAGUGUCAAAUAGUGUAUUUGGAGAGUUUAGUCUGAUCGAGAAUCGGCCCACUGCUGGUGGAAAUGCCAGUCUGCUGGUGACAAUGAUUGGGAGCGAGGUCGCCACGGUGACUGAGGUCACUCUGGUUGAAUCUGCAGGUUCAGGUCAGGUUAACAGCACUGUGGAGGCUCUGGGUGGAGGGGAAUAUGUUGUCCACUUUGACAGGAUCCCAUCAGUUCAGUUUGUUGUACUUGUGAAGGGGCAAAACGACAAUAGUAUCUCUAGAGCAUCUUCAGGGGUCUUCCAAAGGCAGUCCACCACCAGCCUGAGAGCCUCUACUCUCAAUGUUGCUGUUGAUGAGUCAGAUAUAGUGUUGGAGCCAGGAACACCAAGAUCAGUUACUUUCUCUGUGAUGAAAGCUGGUGAAGGUGGAAACGUCAUCAUUCAAGCUACCAAUGACAAAAGCUUUACUUUACAUUACCCAACCACUUUAAUCCUGGAUGCUGGAGGUAGUGCUACUGGUUCAGUGAACAUUACAGCACCUCCUAACACCCCAUCAGGUACCAGUGUCACCCUCACUAUUGAGGCUGCGGCUCCAGGAGCAGACUCCAACUAUGUUGUUCUGCGUCUAACCGUCCUUCCAAAAGUUACUGAUUUUACUCCACCAGUGUGUAAACUGCUCAGCCUGCAGUCCAACUGCUCUGAUAACUGCAGUCAGUCCAUGUGGGACCUCUCUGUCCAGGUGACCGAUGGAGUAAAUGGGACGGGUGUGGACAGAGUCAGUCUCAGAGAAGGCAGCGGCGCUUUAAACAUCAGCAUGGCAGCUGAUAAUGAGAAUGUGACUCUGGUGUCUUAUGUAGCUUCCUGCUGCUCACCUGAUGUGCAGCUGAUGGCUGUGGAUCAAGUUGGCAAUGUGGAGAUCUGUAGUUACUCUGUUCGCAGAACUCAACCUGCAACAACCAUUAGCUCUGUAACAACAGCUGUAACAUCUUUCUCUACAAGGAAUAAUUUCUCCAUUUUUAUUUGCUUUGGCUUCACAGUCCUGAGCUUUUUGCUGUUGUCUCUGGGCUGGUGAUCAUCUGAAUGCCUAAUUAUUAUAACCCAUUCUGGUGAGGGAACUCUGAUAUAUACUAUUUAUUCUCUGGUGGUAGGUUACAUAACUGAUCAAAGAUAGUAGAAAACGUUUUGAAGCUAAAUGAAAUGUUAGCACCACUUUUGAACAUCAUGGAGAGCUUCAAGAAAAAUUUGCUGUUAUUUAAGGGUUAGCUCUAUGAACUGAGUUUGACAAAUGAGUAUUUAUGAAAUUAAUUAUUGUUCUUAUGCUGACCAUAAAUCUUUGAGGUAUUCUUAAAGCUUGAUUUCAUAGGAUAAAUUAAUUAAGAAGGUACGUGAGGCCUAAAAUUAUAAACAAAUAUAUAUAAACUGAGCUUUUACUAAAACAUGUUCUAAAUGAGUUCCUCUUGAAGACAGCGUUACAUCUAGAAAUAUCUCCACACAAAACAAUCUAAAAAACUUCAACUUUGAGCCAGGUUUAAAUGUAACACUGGAAAAGAAAUGCACUAAAACACAAAGGUGAUCCUGAUGUGUUUGGAGCUAAGGGGUUAGUUCACUUUGUAAUGCUGUGUAUUGGUUAUCUGCAGAAAUUAUAUAAUGGUGGUGUCUCAAGAUUGUUUUUUAAAUUCUGGUACCAUUUUUUUGAAACUGUUGCUUUUGGAUUAAUAAGAUACCAUUUUGUGCAACAAAAAGCCAAAUUAAAACGAAAAAGACUGCUAACAGUUAAAAUAAUUAAAGCAAAAGCCAAAACGUUGCAUUACCUUAGCCAUGCGACAGAAUAUUGGAUUGAUGAAUAGAACACAUUCAUGUUUUGCUCUCUUUAUAUUCUUAUUUACUCACAUAAUAUUCUAGAUUAUGAUGUAAAAUGAUGAAAGAUUUUCAUUAGAUCACAUAGAUCCAGCCUUAGUAAUGCUACAUUUUACUAGAGCGGUCUUUCAGCUUAGCUUAGUUGUAUAACAUGAACUUUGUCCCUUUUAGCGUGGAAAGCAAUCCUAAGGCUUCACAGUUUACACAACUGUUACCCUGGAGAGCAUUAGCAGUCAUUCAUGCAAUGCUAAGGCAUUUUUAGCUACUAUUGUUUUUUAUUAUCAUUGAUUAAUAUGUGUGGGAUGUACAGCAGCAAUCAGCAAGUAAAGGUGUGAACUAUUUCAUAUUCAAUAGUGAGGAUUAAUAACCUGCUGUUCAGACAUGGCCACAGCCUUUGACAAAAACUCAAGCUUUUCAUUACUUCUAAUCACAUCUUAAGACUCUUGAAAUAGAUACAAAUCUCAGGGCAGGAAAAAACUUUCCAAUAAAAUGGGGAAAACAAUUCAAAUCACUGGCUUCCUUUCUGUUUGUUUUAUCAACUGGAUGAGAGAGAUUACGUGUGUGUAUCAAAUUUCAUGGCAGUAUGUAAAGUUAGCCUGUGGGCAAGGGCUUUAUUAAUAUUUCACUAA